AUGGAGACGAGACCGUUGAAGAUGGUCGUCUCGGCUGUAAAGGUGAAAAUCGAUUUGUACUAUGACGUCAUCUCUCCCUACUCUUGGAUCGCAUUCGAGUCGCUACUUCGCUAUCAGAACAUAUGGCCCAUUCAGGUCAAUCUCAAGCCUUUUUCGCUUGGGACAAUAAUGAGAUCAAGCGGUAACAAACCGCCGGGAUUGUUAUCUUCUAAGAGCCUCUAUGUGCUAAAAGAUCUACAGAGAAAUAAUGAAUUUUGGGAAAUGAAACUCUCUCCUCCAGAGAACUUCAUGAAGUGGGUAAAAACUGAGACUAGCGACAAUGCCAUGAAGCUGCUAUUGGUAAUACAGAAUGAACAACCACGAAUUGUCUCCAGUACUCGAAAAAUCUGCUUCAUUGUGAAAGGGUUGAAUGUCAAAUCUGCAGAUCUGGAUUUUGAGGGUCGUGGCUUAAAUUCUAAGGCUUCACUGGUUAAAAACUGGAGACUACUUCUCGCGAGUUCUGGAAGCGAAUUUGGAUGGAGGGAAAGCCAAUUUUCCAUCGAGAAGACUUUGAGAAGUCUUAUCUCUCUUAAUAAUGAGAUUUUAACGAGAUUUUAUGUGCUAACGACCAGUGGAGUUACUGACUACUCACGUCUCAUCGAAAAAUUGAACGCCGAUGAUGUAGCUGACCAACUUCAGCAGAACACUUCUGAUGCCCUUAACUCUGGAGCGUUCGGAGCUCCAUGGAUAGUAGUGCACAAGGAUGGAGAAGAGCACGCGUUUUUCGGAUCCGAUCGUCUUCAUCUCAUCGGUCAUUUAAUUGGCCACAAGUUUUGCGGAGGACUCACACAGUUCGCCAAAUUGUAG